CUAAAUUAGAAUUUUUAAUAAUUUUCUUCCAAAAUGAGUUAAAACAGACUUCGAGAGAUGAGAGAGAACUUUCAUUCAGAGUUGAGAAAGAAAAGUUUAGAAUAGACAUUUAAAUUGAAGAGAUUGGUUACUACCUCAGUAAAACAUUAUCCAAUUGAAUAAUUAAUUGACAUAGUGGACAAAUUGAAGAGAUAUGAGGAAUUGAACGACGAAGAACAUUAAAUAAUGAUAUCAAUUUUAGAUGAUAUUCAACAGACUGCAAUAAAUGAUCCAUCUCUAUUUUGUGAAUGGGCAGAACACCUAAGAAUAAUAAAGACUUUGGUCGAUUCCAUGUGUUUAGGGUCGAAUCCCAAGUAUUCAAUCAUGGCAACUAAAGCAGCAAAUUGUUUCAGAUAAUUGGUUAAAUAAAAGAAGCCAAGAUUCUAUGUAAAUGAACAUUUCGAUAAAGUUUGUGGGAUUUACAAAUCUUGGAUGGAUUCUGAUUCAAGUUUGCUUAAAGAGAAUGUAUAAAUUAACGAAAAUAUUUGUUAAUAGGGAUUGAGAGGAUUGAAUUAAUUAGUAGAAUUGCAUUCACCCAAGUUCUCGAAAUACGAUAUCGUUGAGACAGUGUUAAAAUCUCUUCAAAUCAAUAGGAACAACGAUUAGGCACUUAGAAUAUUGGCAACCAUCACAAACAGCAUAGAUGAUGAUAAUUAAGUGAUUGCCAUUUUGAGAAUAGCCUCAAAAUUGAUUGAGAAUGCUGACAUCAAUUGUAAUUGAUAUCUUUGAUUUUAAUUAGUAAAGGAAAAGGGAUUGAUGAUAGUAGAGAAUGCCAGUAAAAACAUCUAGAAUAUAUAAUUUGUUUUAACAAUGAGGAUUAUGCAGUCUAUUAUGAAUCUAAUUUAUCACAAGGAUAAAAAUAUCUAAAAAUUAUCUCUAUCUAUUUUGCUGAAUUUGUCAUACACAUCGGAAUUGGAUGAAUGUGCAAAAUUGUAGGAUUUAGGAAUCAUGGAAACCCUCUACAAAUUAUUGAAGAACACCUAAUAUUCCUAUUGUAGGAUGUACGGAAGUAUGAUAUUCAAUAAUUUGAUGGCAUCUUGUCAAUUGAAUUUGGAUUCAAUAAUUUCAAAUAAAAAGGUUAUGGAUGCUGUCUCUGAUCUUAUGGAAAGGGAUAUUGUCGAUGUCAAAAGGGAACUCUAUCAGGCAUUCAAAAAUUUUGUAGUUAUUAGUUCGAAGAAGUAAUUAUUAAUGGUGAUGGAUUCCGGGUUGCUGGAUUACGAAGUCUUGGGUUUGGAUGCUAAUGACAAUAAGAUAGUGGUGUUGUCUUUGGAAAGUAAUAGGUAUUUUAAUUAGGUUAGCGUUGACCAUGAUAAUGAAAUAAUUUCAAUAGACUGAAUAUGAAUGCAUUAUUUGGCGAUACUUAAAAAACAAGAGGGGGUUUAGGAAAAUCGAAGUUCUGAGCUAAGAUUCCAAAGUGGAAAGGAUUGCCUACUUAGCUUGUGAAUUCCUUAAAGAGUUUUACGAUUCUGAAUAAUGA